AUGUGGACUCACAUUUGGUUAACAAUACAUUUUUUUGCUUAUUUCUUAGAUUAAUAAUUCAAUUAUUAAUUCAUUGAUUUGAUGUUUAUCAAAUAACACUAACAAAAACUGCAAACACGAUCAAUAUCAAAUGCUUCAGGACACUCAAAUGGGAGAAUGUCUAUCAUGCCGUCUAUGCAAAAUAACACUAUCAAUGCUAUUUGGGAUAUCAACCAAAUUGGAUAGGAAUUGGAUUGUCAUGAUGAUCCAAUUUUGAAUGAAGCCUUAGAGCUAAUAACCAACCGACAAGUCAAUCAAGCGAUUCUCCUUUUAACUCAAAGUAAUCUUCAACACUAUAAUUUAUUCUAGUGAUAGCAGAUGGAAAGAAAUAUCUAGGCUAGCAAUCAUAGGUUCAAGUAAUCACCAAAGUCACUUUGCUGAUUGUUUCUAGUGCCAUGUCCAUUCUUGAAAACGACCCCGCAUCUGCCUUAUUGCUCCUCUUGGGAUGCGAUCAAAUGUUUAAAGGAUUGACUCCCAAACAACAAGGCUAUUUGAGAGUCCAAAUUCUCAACGGAUUGGGGUGCUAUUACAGAAGAGUUGGAUAAAUGGAAAAAGCCUUAAAAGAACUGGAAUGUGCUUUGGCAGUUAUUCGAAAAUAUAACUUAAAAGAGGUUGCAGUUACCCAUCUAAAUUUAUCAGUAGUAUUGUCCUUAGUUGAGGAGUACUUAUAAUUUUAUAUUAGCAAAUAGACAUGAAGGUGCCCUGGAGAAUGCUAAGAAGGCCGUUGCAGAAAGCCACAAGGAAUAUUAAUUUUAUAUAAAGAAUCAUGUAUCAAUGUAGAACUUUAAAUUCCAGCGUUGCGUAAGUGCCCUCUCAAUAUCCUUUUAUAAUGUAGGAGUUCAAGAAUAGCACUUCUAAAAAUACUAAUUCGCACUCCAAGCCUAUGCCUCAGCCUUCAAAGUGGCCGAGGACAAUCUUGGCAUUCAUCAUUACUUGACAAUCUAAUUGAAGGCCAUCUAUGAAGAAUUUGCCCGUCAAUUGGCUAUUGCUGAAGCUCAGAAAAUCGCCAUCACAUCACUCAAUCACAAAUUUCAAAUUAGAGCAAAUGUCACUAGUCAAUAUGCCUAAAGUGCCUUAAGAAACCAAAAUACUGACACCGCCAAAAAAGUAUCUGAUAGGUUAUUUUAAUCAGAAACUAAAAGGUUGGGACACAGUCUCAGACCUCAAUCAGCUAUAAUGACCCAAUCUUAAGCACCUAAAUUAAAAGCAUUUGAAAUUACAAAAAAAGAAGCUUUCACCAUUAAAAAAUAGAUGUCAGCUACCAAUAGAACUUUAAAUCAAGUAAGUGAAGAGAAUUUAAAGACAGAUACUGAAAUUGCUGAAAAGGCUAAGGUAUUACAAUAAGACAUUGAAAAUCUCAAAAUUGUAAAUCUUAUAUCCAUAUCCAUAGUUAGCAUAGAAGGAAUAGGAAGAAUUAAAAUUCAUUUAGGAUUAGAAGCAGAGAGAACUACAAAAAUUAGAAGCCUUUCGCUAUAUGAAUCAAUAAAUUCAACAACAGAAAUUACAGAAGAAUACUCCUCAGACCUCUAGAGAGAUCAAAAAAUCAUCCGAAUAAUAAAAAUAAAUAUUUAAUACUGAUCCUUUCAUUUAAGAGCAAUUAGAUGAUAGUGAACCCUAACCUUUGGUUGCUGUUCAAACUGUAAACAAUAGAGAAUCCAAAACAGAUGAAGAAGAGGAACAUUAUCUUACGACUGAGAAAUUCAAUGAGAAAAUUAAAAAUGAAAUCAAUUAAGACUACGAUAAAAAGAGAUCUUCAAUGACCAGAGAUGAAACAUUAUAAAGCUUUACUAAAAAAUUAGAUUAUGAUUAGGAAUCUUCAAGCAAAAAUAAUUUUGGAUAACAAAACAUAUCUUGUAAAUAAAUUGAUGAUCUCGAGGAAAUUGUUGAAGACGUUAAUGAAGUCAAUCUACAAUAGAAUUAACAAAUAGUUGAGAAUAAAGUUGAUUAAAUCAUUCAGUAAACUGCCAACAAAUUAGAUGAGGAAUAAAGGCUUUAACAUAUUAUUAUGAUCUAAAAACAAUGGAGAUCUAGCAAUAGUAAAUUGAAAUCUAGAAUCUAAAAAAUACAAUCUAAAUAUUAAGAAGCAAUUGAUCAUCAUUAUAUUAAAAUUAAAGAUUAAAACAACAAUCUCAUGCAUAAUGGAUACUUAUUCAUAGCUUGGAAUUCACAAGAACAAACAUAAAUAGAUUUGAUAUUUUACGAUCUAUUCACCUUAAGAAAAUCAAGGAGGAAAAGCAAUGACAUCUCACAGAAAUUGGAUCAUAUUUUCAUACUAAGUUUAAAUUCCACUUUUCAACUCAACAAACAAUAAAUUAUUCAACUUCAGGAUGAACUCCAACCCUUUUUUAUCGUAACCUCUUCUCAAUUUAGUCUUUCCUCAAUGGAUCCUUUCAUACAAUUUAAAGACAAAAAUAGCGAUAAUUAAAUUCGAUUUGAUUUUAAUUUAUUGAAGUUGGAAUAAAUACUCCCGAAACUAGAGGAAUAGCAAUUAAAUUAUAACACUCCUAUUACAAUAGCGGAUAUACAAUAAUUUAAUUCAGAUUCAAUAGUAGUUUAGAAGGCUGCUCAUACAAACCCAGAUUAAAUAUUUACCAAAGUAGAACCCUUUUAAGAUGUGCCAUUGGUAUAAGAAUAGAUAGAUGAAGAAGAAUUUGUCUAAAAUAAUUAAAACAGCCAGGCUGGAUCAGUGAAGAAGGAGUAAAUUGAAGAAGAAUAACAUUAAAAUAGUGAAGGAGAUGUAGAAAAAGAAAAUUCCAAUGAUGAGAGAAUUAAUCAAACUGGCCAAUUCAAUAAUAAUUUAUUUUCAUCCUAAGGGAUUUUAUCAGAAUUUGAUAAAAACGAAGAUGAAAAUUAAAAAUAAAAAUAAACUUAAUAAACUGAAGUAAACUAAAAUUUGGAUUUCACUCUAUAAUUAAAUUAGAUGAGUGCUAAUAAUUCUAUGGUAGGAUCAAACAAUAUUGGGGAAGCAGACAAUUGCAAUUAAUAAUAAUAAUCAGUCCUACAAAAUAACAUUCCAAAUGGAAAUAAAGAAAAGGUGUCAGCUAAUAAUACCAUCAUUGAAGAAGAUGAGGAUGAAAAAAAAGAACAUGAAGUCAAUGAAAUUCAAUAAUAAGAAGAAAGUACAGAGUAAAAUAAUAAGAAAUUUUUUAACGCAACUCAUAAUUUGGCAUCAAAAAAUGAAAUUUCCCACAAUAAUAUCGAAGAUGAUAAGAAAUCAGAUCCAUAAAGUUAACAAUCUGAAUCUUAAAUGGGUAGCUAGACUUCUAUAGGCUAAAAGCAUUAAACUUAGACUUUGGCUGUACCAAAUGACGAUAAAAAAAUGUUUGCUAAGUAAGUAAGUUUGCAAUUACCAGAUUUAAUGAAAGAUGAUAUUAGUUAACAUUCAGAUGAUGAAAGUAAGAUAUUUUAAUAUUUUAAUUAGUAUCUCUAACAAAUAAUUAUACUUUUGAGAAAAUUGGAGUGAUUACUGGUAUUAAUAAAAAUGAUGGAUCGCUCUUUUAAAUUAAUAUCUUCAUCAACAAAGAAUAAGAACUAUUCCAAGCCAAGGCUGAAGAUGUUAAAGUCAAAUCUACCUAUUUCAAAGUUGAAAACGUUAAGAAAACCAUAAAAAAGCCUUAAAAAUACUUGAAGGGAUAUAUAGUGAACUGGCAUAAUGAAAAUGUGUUAAAGGUUUAUACAAAGGCUCACGAGAAGGCAGUAAUUAAACUUCAGAAGAAAUUUAAAUUUGAUCACUAUAGAAGACACGUGACAUUUAAGUUAGCUAAAUCAAACAUAGAAGGAAGUCUCUAUGUGGGGUCCAGAAAAUAAGUGAUAUAUCUAGCUAUAGAGACGAAAAGCACUUAAUAAAGAAAUUCUUACUCUUUCAAAAAUGAAAAUUAUAGUUAGUUUGUUAACCGAAUCUCUUUUCGUGUUCUAAAUAACUUAAAAUACUCUGAGGAAAAAGGAAUUUAUUUACUAUAAGAACCACAACACAGAAUAUUGGCAUAAAAUUUAUAAUGUAAUUGUUGAAUAUAAUUUGUAGCUAAGAUAUUUAAGUUAUUAAAACCUGAGAAUGCCUUUGAAUUUAUAGGCUACGGGUUGUUGAAUGGUAUUUAUGACUCAGUGCAUAAAAAAAUAAUCAUUGCAAGUGAUAAUCGCAAGACUCAGCCAUCUUAAGUAGAUAUACCCAAAACCGUAUAAGGAGAUUAAUUAAUUCAGUUUGCCUAAGACUUAUUGAAUAGAGUAAUCAUAGUUAUAUAUUUUAGUCUUUUAUCAUUUAAUCAAAUAAUGAAACUUGUGUUGUUUAUUAUGAAGAAAAGGAUGAAGAUUAAGCAAAGAUUAUUCAAAAAAAGCUAUUCAUGUAUUAGACUAUCAGAAAGAUGAUUAUCAACUAUCAUAGAAUGAACCAUGGGCAAAUAGAAUAGCAAGCAGUCACAGUCGAAUUGCAACGAAAAUUGAAGAAAUACUUUGGGAUAUCAUGUUAGAACAAGUUUUAUUAGAUUGGGAAGUUAUCAGAACCAUAAAUUAAAAAUCUAAUAACCAAUUUUAGAAGGAUUAUAAGCACAUUUAUUAUAUAUUAGAAUGAUUAAGUUGAAUUAGAUAUUGAAUCUAUCAAAGAAUUUGUUAACGAUGGUCAAUUUACUAAUUUAUUGAGAAUGGAUCUUAAAAGCGUAGUUCAUUAAAUCUGA